AUCUCCAGCAUAUUUCCGAUCCAGAUAUUGCUGAAGCAACGAAAUAGGACCACCAUGUCGACGAAAUCAUCCAACAGCGUCGACAGCCGCACCGAACUAGCCGAUUUAGUCAAACGGAAGGCCGAAAUCUCGGAAACGCUGGCCAAUCUGGAACGACAAAUCUAUGCCUUUGAAGGAUCAUAUCUGGAAGACACUCAGCUGUACGGAAACAUUAUUCGCGGCUGGGAUCGCUACCUGACGACUAACAAAACCACCAACUCCAAGGCGGACAAACGUAACCGGAAGUUCAAGGAGGCAGAGCGACUGUUUUCGAAAUCAUCCAUCACCUCCAUGGCGGCCGUCAGCGGUUUGGUGGACACGAGUGACGCGAAGCACGAGCGCAACUCGGAAUCGGACUCAAUGUCGAACGAUGACUCGAGCGACAAUCAGAUCAGUGCCCCGCUCACGGUGGCGAACCACUCUUCUGCUUCCACACCCGCGACCGCAGGCCACCUUACCGUUAGCCACGAUGGGGCGCUGAAAAACUCCGUCAGCAAAACACUGGCCAGUCAGUCGAAAACCAAGGAAUCGAGCUCGUCGUCUGCUUCCAGCUUCCUCAAUCGACCCACUACACCGACGAAGGAAAGCAGCAAUGGAGGAGGUAGCGGCAGUUUAGUAAAGGACUCGCCCAACGUGAACGUGAACAGCGCCAGCAACAGUAACUCGACGCCGAGCAAUACCGCGAAGCACAAAGCGAGUAGCAUCGGUUCGAUGAAGAAGGGAAGUUCAAAUAAAAAAGUUAGGCAUCGUUAACGAAUCUUCUGAGAGGAUGAACCUCUGACGUGUACCUUCACCUCACCGGGCGCAAGUACUUGGUCGGUCGGUUGUAAAGGCUUGCGAU